AUGGGUCAACACAUAUCUUUAUCUGAUUGUAAAAUACCUGAUUUAUUGGCAACGAAUAAUCAACAAUCGAAUGAAGUAUCAUCUGCGAAUGAAACAGAAGAUAUUCAUUUAUUUUUACCAUUUGACAUCAUCAAUGAAAUCAAUAAAAAUUACACUUCCUUACCUAAUCAGAAGAUUUCAAAUGAACUAUUAAUUACAAAAGAUGUAUUGAUCAAUCAAAUUCGAAAUGAUAUAUCUGAUUUCUCGAAUUUAUUUGGAGUUAAGAAAUUCAAUAUGGAAAUUGCAGAAAUAAUUAAAAAAAUGUUCGAUCAUAUUGCAACAAUGAAUACCAAUCGACAAAAUUCUAUGCAAUUGAUCAUAAAUAAACAGGAACAAUUGAAAAAUUCCUAUAGUGAAAAAUUAAAAGACGAUGAAAAUGAAAUGAAUUCAGUAUUUUCUGAAACAUUAAUCGAUAGGGAAAAAAAAUCAGAUGAACAACAAGUAAAUGAAUUAUCAUUUUUUGCUGUUCAAUCUUUAAUAACUAUGCUAUUGAUGUUACUCGAAUCAAUACAUAAAUUUGACUCUACUAUUAUUAAUGAAAUGCUCAACUUGACAAAUCAACUUUUUGAACAAAUUCCAUUGAAUUAUCUUUCAUCCGACGUUUACAAACGAUCAGAUAAUUUAUUUAAAUCUUUAAAACCAUUAACUAACUAUAUUCAAGAAUUAUCAACACAAACUGAUAUCGAUCCAAUUGUAGCAAAUCAAUCAAUUAAAUUUUUAUUUAAUUUUUCUGUCAUGAAGGCAUCAUUCAAAGAUAUUCUACCAUUAAUAAGAAAAUUAAUCUUCAAUACGAACGAUAUUUUUGAUAUAAGAAACUUACUUAUUAAAUUGAACAAGCAUCUUACGAUGAUGUUAGAUCGAUUCCAAAAAGAAAAGCAAACAUCAUCUAUACCAACAACUAUACCACAGAAUAAUACUACAGAUAAUAAUAUCACAACUCAAAUUCAUAAUAGAACGGAAGCAGUAUUGCCAACUGAAAAAGCAUUGGAUAUUGAACAGAAACUUUUAGCUGCUGUAGAAUAUCUUAAAUUAAUUGAAGCAUAUCCAGAUAUACAAUUAAUAACAUUAAAUGAAAAUAAAUUCACUGGUCAAUUCAUAUGUUCAAUAUUGCUUGUUCAUAUUGAUUUACAUAAUCAAUUUCAUGCAAAAUCAAAAUUCGAACAUGGUUCUAUGAAUGGAUCGUUUUCAUUUGAAUUAGAAACCGAAACAUUUAAAUAUCUAUAUGAUAUAAUCGAACAAUUAACCAUAGUAGUAGAAACAUCAUCCGAUACGAAUCUUGGAUAUAUUUUGAAUGUUUGUUUAAGAUUGCUCACAACACAUUUACAAUUUUUAAUAGGUGCAAACUUCGAUAAUUUUCAUGAUCUUUUGAAUGAAAAUGACAUUGAAAAAUGGUUCACAUUGGUAUCCAAAUUAGCUUUUGAUGAUAAAUUAGAAGAGAGAAAAAAAGAAGCUUCACAUGCAUUGAUUUAUUUGAUUGAAAAACAAAUAUUAUCAUUUGGUAAAAUGUUAACAUUCAUUCAUAAGCAUAUUAUUGAAAACCGACAUCCGAUAUUAAUUGAUCAGUUAUUAAAUAAACUAAAUCAACAAGUAUUCAUAUAUAAAUGGAUUGAAAUUCUUUGUGAUGAUCAAGAUACACAAGACAGAACAUUAGCAUACAUAGUCUUACAUUCAUUCAUUGAUAUUGUCUUACAAUCGACUUUCGUAGACAUUGAAAAAGUUAAUAGAUUACGCGAAAUUAUAAUCAUAUUUCAAGAAUUACUUUUAGUUUAUUUCAAUAAUCAACCAAUCGAUAUAUCCAAUGAACUUGAAUCAUCUGCUCUAUCAACACUUGGCAUAGAAUAUACAACACAUGUAAUUAAAUCUUGUCUUCAACAAGAAAUUCAAAGUAUUUUAUUCGAACCACUUCUUCUUGGUCUAUGUACUCUUACUGAAUCAAAAUUUAAUUUUGCUGUCAUACAACCAAUUUUUGCUGCUGUCAUGCCAUUAUUUGCCGAAUAUAUCAUACAAACAAAAAUCGAUAUCAACGAUAAGACAAAUUAUUUAAUUUCAUGGUUAUUAGGAAAGAUGAGUCAUCGAUUAAUUGUUGGUCCACCACAGAGUCCAUUAGAAAAAAAAUAUAAUAAAACAUUGAAAUUACCAUUAUUUUCUGGUGGAUAUGAAACUCUAACAACAGAUAUAAAUUCAUAUCUAUCGAAUUUAUUCAAAUCUGAUUUAAGUAUUUAUAGUCGAUUUUUUUUGCCUUUACGACGACAACAAUCAAUAUUAGACAAUGAUUUUUUAAUUUCAGUCUAUCAUAAUAUUGAUCAAGGUGCAAAAUUAAUAUCAAAAAUGAAAUUAUUCAUUCGAAAUAAACAACAUAUCUUAGAAAAAUCAAUUGAAAUCAUUGCUAAUGAUGCCUGUGCUGCAGUAUUUGCCGUUUACAUUAAACAUUAUCGUCGUAUUGAUCUAGCUCAACAUGAAUUAAUUCAACCAAUUGAACAAAAACCACAUGCUAAACUUCUCUUACUCUAUGAAUAUGCUAAUGAAAUACGAAGAAUUUUUGCAGCGACAAAAGCUCGAGGUGACGAUUGUGAUGAACUUUAUAAAAAAAUUAAAAAAGAUACAUUAUUAUUACUCGUAUCGAUUAGAGAAAGUUCUUUCAUUGCAAAAAUUAAACAAGAUUAUUCAUUACCAAUUAUUACAACGAAAAAAUUUCAAUUACAACGACAACAAUCACAUUGGACAAAAGCAAAAUAUAUUAUUCGAUUACUUCGUAAUACAUUAAAUGCUUGUAUACGAUUAAAAUAUUUAAUGUUAGAAAAAAAACGAGCCGUUGAAAACAAACAAAAUAGUGAAAGUGUUAUGCAUCGAGCUAUUUCAAAUUGUCUAUAUGGAAAUGAUAAUAUAUCGAUAUUUAUAGGAAAUGAAAAAUUGAAAAUUGAAUUCAAUGAAAUUGUUAAAUGUCUUAUACGACAAUAUCAACGUACUAUGACUAGAUUGAUUACCUAUCGAUUUAUUGAACAAUUAAUUAUUUUGAGCAAAGAUAAUAAUCGAUGUUUGAAUAUUUUGUUUAUAAAUUUAAAAGAUAAUAAUUUAGAUUGGCAUUAUCUUGAAAAUAUUCAAGCAUCAAAUAAUCAAUUGAAAGAAGAUAUUGGACAUCUCUAUUAUAAAAUUAUUAAAAAUAUAUUAUCAUUUUCAAUAGAAUCUAACAUGAAAACAUUAUGUGUAUUGAAUCUCAUCAAUCUAAACUAUGAUUCGAUGGAUUUAUGUUUUUUAAAUGAUUUUCAAUUUAUUCAAGAGUUAUUUAAUCCAUUUAUUAGCUUGAUCAAAAUAGAUACGACAAAUGUUGAUUUAAUGAAUAUAAAAUUCACAGCAUUCAAUUGGUUUCGUUUAGUUGUAUUAAAAGUAUGCGAAAAUAUUGAAUUAGAAGAAUUACGAAAUAUGCAUUUUGGCAAUCGGAAAUUUCGUCGUAUUUUAGAGCAACAAUGUAAUUUAAUUUUUAAUAAAUUAAUUUUAACUGAACUCAAACAAUUACAACAAAAUCAAUUAACAUGCGAAGACUCAUCGUUGAAAAAUGUUUCUUUUCGUUAUUUUGUUCGAUCAUCGAAAUUCGAUGUUGAUGUUUUUAUCGAUCGAUAUUUAAUGCUUCUACUUCGUUGUAUUCAUUUAUAUGAUCAUAUUCGAUUGAAUUAUGCUACAAUGGAUUAUAUUGAGCAAUUGUUUAAUUUAUAUCAUACAAGUCAAUCUCUCGGUACUCGUCUGUUAACAUUAAAGAUUCUACGUGAUCUAUUGAUAUACUUAUCAGACGAUACGAAUAGAUCUUUUAUUGAAAAUCUAUUAACGAAAAUUUUAUUUUCUAUUGGUCAAAAUUUUAAUGUAUUAGAAACUGAGAAAAUAGAUCUUGAUAUUAUUAUUGAAUUUAUUUAUAUCUAUCGUACAAUUAUAUCAUAUAAUUCACCAUGGCAAAAGUUUGCAACGAAAUUGCUCGUCGAUGCAAUAAAAUCCUGUAUGAAUUUCAAUUUUACAUCAUUAGAAAUGGUCGAAUUACAACAAAUGAAUUUCUUUCUUGCAUCCAUAUGUAUCUUAGGUGGUUAUGUUCAACCGUAUUGUUUAGGAUCAACUGUAGAAGUCUAUCCAACUAAUACAGAUAUUCAAGAAUUACAAUCUGCAAUUAUAAUUGAAAUUAAUAUGGAUGCUCUUGAAUCAGAUUCAUCCGAUGUUAAACCUUAUCUCGUACAAUAUGCAACCACGAAUCAAACUGAAUGGGUUUCAUCGAAUCAAAUACGUAUCAUUGUUGAUGUUCAACCACCGAAUCUUUCACUUUUACCAAUUGAUAAUGCAGUUCAUACGAUUCUUGAUACAUUAGGAUUUCUUGUACAAACAAUUGAUGUAUCAACAAUUGAUUCAUUAAUAUUAUUAGAUAUAAAAUGUCGUGUCGUAAAAGCAUUGUAUGAUGUAUUGAAUUAUAAACAAGUUAUUGAAAUUUUCAUGGAAAAACCUUAUGCAUCAAUUAUUACUAAACUAUCGACUUCAAUGGAUUAUUUUGAUUCAAUUCAUAGUAUAAUACCAAAUGAUUUACGAUUAUUUAAUCAAUUACAUUUAGAACAGUAUUAUUUAAGUUUAGAUAGAUUUGUAAGAAAAAAUCAAAUAGUAGAAAAUAAACUUGAUAUUAUUAUUCAUAAUAAAAAUGGGUGGAAUCAAAUGAAAAUUAUUCAUGAUCCUAUUAUUUCACAAUAUUUGUCUGAAACAAGUUCGAUAGAUCAGAAUUGGAAACCAAUUGCAUCUAAAAGUGAGAUAAAAUCCUAUAAAAAAGGUCGAUUAGGAAAUGAUGAUAUUCAGAUUAUUUCUGUGCCUGUUAAUGAUAAUAAAGCGGUUUUAGAAGAAUGUGGUAUCAAACAUAAAUUUAAAGGACGAGUUAAUAUAAAUGAUGAUAUUGGAAACAUUCGACGUCGAACUUUUAUUCCUGAUAGCAUAGAAUUGAACGAAGGAAAAUGGUAUUUUUGUGUUAGAUUUCCACUAGGUGGCGCAGCAGUCAUUGGCUGGGCAACGAAGGGAUUUAACCCAUCGCUACAUGAUAGUUAUGGUGUCGGUGAUGAUGAAUAUUCAUGGGGCUUUGAUGGAGCAAGUGCAGUUUAUGAUCGUAAUCGACAUAGAAUAUUUCAUCGUAGAAAUUCCUGGGAUGUCGACGCUGUAUGUGGCUGUGGUAUUGAAAUUGAUGGUACAAAUACGAAUAUUAAAUAUUGGUUAAAUGGUAAAUUCCUAGGCACAGUAUAUUCACAUUCGGAAAAUAAAACAAUUAAAACAAAUUUAUUACCAAAUGGAAUUUUUGCUACUUAUUUUCCUGCUGUUACUGUUAAACUCUAUCGUAAUAUGGCUAAUACAGGUGUUUUUGAAUUUAUUUUUAGUCCAGAAGAUAUGACAGAAUGUCCUCUACCAAAAGGAUACAAACCAUUAUUAAUGCCAAAAUUAUUGACAAUGGAAAAUAUACUAGUAGCAUAUCCUUAUAGUGCAUAUCUCAUUGGUAAUGAUAUUCAACAAUAUUUCUAUACGAGUCGUUGUCCGAAGAAUGAUUCCAAGGACAAGAAAAUUUCUUUGCUACGUGAUUUUAUUAAUGAUCAACAUUUUGAAGUUCCAUUCAAUGUUGAUAUGAUAACAACGGAUAAUAAUCUAUUAAAACUAUCUAAAGAGAAUGAUGGCUUUCUAUUGUCACUUGAUAAUCAUCAAGAAUUAACUAUUAGUUUUGAUUUUGAGAUUAGUGCAACAGAAAAUCGUUGUGAUGAACUUGAUAUUGUCUUAUUUACAUUAGAUGACGCAAUAUUUUCUAUUCAUGUCUGUAUGAAUGAUAAUUUCAUCAAUGAAACCAAGAUAUAUCGACAACAUGUUGCUAUUCUAUUUCAAAUAAAUAAACAAGCAAAAGUCUAUACUAAUAAUAAGUUUCAAACAUUGAAUUAUUAUCAUAGUUUUGAUUCAAAAUUGAAUCUACGACUUUUGCCAUGUCUAAAUGUUGGAUUUCGAAAUUUGGGCAUAUGGACAUAUCUAUUAUCGGAAGAACAUAUUCAACGUCUUUUUACAUAUGGUCUCUCGCAUGUUGCUAUCGAUUAUCAGAAAUUAAAGGAAUAUCAACAACGAUUAAAUACAAUUGAAUUCAAAGCAAAACAAAAAUAUUUCACGAAUGAAACACUUGUUCCAUUUAAUGAACCAUUUAAGUCGGAUCUAUGGGAAGAAACAAAACAAUCGAUUAAUCAUGAUGAGUCAAACUAUUUUAAGACCAUUCCAGACACGAAUCAAUCCAUUGUACAACUCUUCGGAAAUAAAACUUAUUUAGUUUUAAAUACUGCAAACCAAAUAUGGUCUGAAUAUACGUUAAUUCUAGAUAUUUUUAUACCAAAUUUUCCAUCAGCGAAGAACCUAUUAAAUAGUGAGGCUCGAUUAACAUUAUUGACUUUGGACAAUAAAUCAGAAAUCUAUGUAACGCAUGAUGGCCAUCUUCAUGUAACAGGAGAACAUCAAAGUUCAUCAACUGUAAAAUUACAAGAAUAUAUUCGUUUAUUUAUUUCUAUUCAACAAAACUCGAUUCAUAUCUAUGUCAAUGGUUCUUUAGAAGUCGAUGUAUCAAUUACUGAAGAUCAAUUUGCAACGAAAUUGAAACAUAUUGAUCUAUUUCGAGAGUUAGAUUUAACUAAGAACACAACUAAUGAUGAUCAAUUACGUAUUGAAUGUCGAUCGAUAACAUAUUUGAAUAAAUCAACUCAUAUACUUUCUUCAUCAAUGAAAAAAUUAAUCCAAUCGAUUGAAUAUUCCUUAGAUCAACUAGUUGCACCUUCAUUUAACAUUCUGUCAACAAGUCUCAUUGGUAUUGGUUACAAAGAACAAUCAAUCAAAUAUGUUAUGAAAAAAUAUAAUACGACGAAUAUUUAUUUUAUUGAUAAGAUUCUACGAGAAGAAACUCAAUCUAUAGAAAACAUAUGUCAACAAGAGCAACAACAAAAAAGACUUAAUAUUUUAAGACGAUUGAGUUCGUAUGAUGAAAAUAGAAUAUUACAUAUGUUAAUCGAUAACGAUAACGUUACAAAUAACUCAUCAGUAUCGAUAUUGAAAUCUGAAAUAGACAACGAUGAUGAUGAUAUGCCAUCCGAUAAAAAAUGGUUUUAUGAUACGAUUCGUUCUGUAGGUAUUUGUGAUAAACUAGAUGAUUGGUUUCAAGAUAAAGAAGUGAAUAAUCAAUUAACAGAUGGAUAUCCUGGAUAUAAACUUCUUGAUUUAACAAAAGCAGAUUCUGAUGAAAUAGAAUUUACUAAUAAAUUUAAGAAAACUAUGACAACAUCAUCACAUUAUGUACAUCGACAAAUAUCAUUCAAAACCUAUAUUCAUUCACGUACAACUUGUGAAUAUGGACUAAUAACAAUUUAUGCACGUCAUACAAUAUUGAAUAUGUUAAAAGUCUGGUGUAAUGAUGAUCAUUCAAAUUUAUUUCCACUUUCGAAAUUUGAUGAUGGAAAUCUUAUUGUUAAGUUAUUACGAUUCAUGCAUCAUCAUCAUACAUAUGCAAGUAUGUUGGUUGAUGCAACUAUCAAUAGAAUGGAUCUAUUGAUAAUAUCGAUAAUAACAGUUGAAUUAAAAGACUUGUUAAAAUGUAUUGUACAUGAAAAACUUACUGUUGAAAUAUUCAAUAGAAAAGCUCCAGUAUUUUUUCAAUUACAAAAACAAGCUAUUGAAGAAUCAAUUCAUUUUCUUAUUGAACCAUCGUUAAUUGAUAUAAACAAUAAUAAUGAUGCAACUAUUGAUGAACAAAUAUUUAUCAAACAACCAAACUUAGAUUUUCUUCUAAAAAUAUUUCAUCUCUUUUCAGAAGUAUUGAAAGAUUUUGAAGGAAAAAAUUAUGACGUCGAUUUAGUGACUCGAUUACUGUUUCCAGGUAUUGUUAUUAAAAUACUCUUUGAUCUAUUUCUAUUGGUACCUUCACAUCAAUUGAAAAGAGCUGCUGAUGAACAAGUAAUGAAAUUUAUGAAUCAAAAUAUCAAAUUCGACGAUAAUUCAUUAUCACAUGAAUUUAAUAUCAAUUUCAUCGAAACUCUACCAGCUGAGUCAAUUCCUGAUUCGACUAAAUAUGUUUCAUUUACUUGCUUAUGUAAUAUACCAUCGGUGUGUAUACAAACACGUGUAAAAUUUCUCUAUUUAUUCAAUAUUUCUCUCGAAAGAACCUUACCAAACAUAGACUUUAGUGUAACAUCAGGCAUAGGUUUUAUUGUAGAUCGAAUUCGAUCGGUACGACAUUGUAUAUUAUUUGUAACAAAAUUUGAAAUAUUCAGUGCAGCUUUAACUAAAACUGCCGUUAAUUUGGAAUCAUCAGAAGUAAAUAUAAAAUUCGAUAUUGUAAAAGCUAGUGUAGCUGAACAUCCUGAAGAUACCGUGUUCUAUCAAGCAUAUAAACAAUUAAAAUCUGAUGCAUCUCGAAUAUUUCGACGAACGGAGAAUGAACAAGCCUGGAAAGCAAUCUAUGUUGGCAUGUUUGGUGAUGAUCAAGGCGGGCCCUAUCGAGACUCAAUAACACGAAUAUGUGCUGAUUUAUGUAGUACACGAUUAUCAUUAUUUAUUCUUUGCCCGAAUGGACGAACAAACAAUGGUUUGAAUCGUGAUCGAUGGAUUCCCAAUGUUUUUCCACCGAACCGAUCCAUACCAAUUGACAUUAAAAAUCAAUAUCGUUUUGUUGGACAACUCAUGGGCAUGGCAAUACGUACAAAACAAUAUUUAGAUGUUCGAUUUCCAAUUUUACUCUGGAAACAAUUGAUAUACGAAGAAAUUACAAUUGAAGAUAUCGAAGCUAUUGACAUUUCAAGUUUUGCAAUUAUCAAUGAAAUGGAAGAAAAUAUUCGAAAAGUAAAAAGUCUCAAUGAAUGUGACGAUGAUGAUGAUGUGAAUAACAAUUGUGAUUAUUUGUUUAGUAGUAUUAUGACUGAACUUACAUUUGAUGUUAUUAGUUCAACGGGACAAACUUAUGAACUUAUUCCAGGUGGUUUUCAUAUACGGAUAACUGCUGCCAAUUUCGAAGAUUAUUGUAUGCAUUAUCGUCAAUAUCGUAUUAAUGAAUUUUAUCGACAAAUUGAAUUUAUUCGUCAAGGUUUAUAUAGUGUCGUACCAUGGGGUGAUUUGACUUUAUACACAGCUCAUGAAUUAGAAGAAGCUGUUUGUGGUAAAGUUUAUAUCGAUAUUGAAAUGCUAAAACGUCAUACAGAUUAUGAUGGAGAUCAUGAAUCUUCGCCGCGUAUUCAGCAAUUUUGGUCAGUUUUAAGUGACAUGUUUAGUGAAGAACAGAAAAGACUAUUUUUAUUAUUCGUUUGGGGACGAAGCACUUUGCCAUAUAGCGAUAAAGAUUUUUCAACGAACUUCACAAUAGCACGUCUUGAAAUAAGUGGCAAUGUCGAUGAAGCUCUUCCCAAAUCGUAUACAUGUGUCUUUACUCUUCAAUUGCCUGCAUAUUCAACUAAAGAAGUCAUGUAUGAACGUUUGAAUUAUGCGAUUACUUAUUGUUCAAGUAUCGAUACCGAUGGACGUAUGAACUAG